AUGAGCAAUAAACCAACGCCUAGAAAGCCGCGGCACAACCGCCACCCUUCAAACCGCAUCCCCGCCAUCUCCGACUACGAAUCCGACGCCGCCAUCACAACCUCCAGAUACGAGGCCCCGCCGCCGCGAACAAACACCGAGCUCAACCUCUCCGUGCUCCAGCGCUAUCUGCCGUCCAUCAGCAGGAUCCUGAGCAUCGCCGCCAACGCCGUGGUCUAUACAUUUGACAACGCAAGCCAAGGCUGGGAGAAGUCCGGCAUCGAGGGCACGAUGUUUGUUUGCGCGCAGACGCCGCUGCCAGAGGAUCCCGACCACCGCCCUCGGGCCUGUGUCUUUGUUCUGAGCCGUCGCGGUCUUGACAAUGUGAUUGUUGAUUUGGCAAAGGUGGGCCAUGUGGAAAUCAUGGGGGAGCUGGUAAUUCUCAAAGUUGAGGGCCAUUGGGAAGAGGGCGAGAAGAUCGUUGGACUGUGGAUUCACAAUGACGAGGAGGGAACUCGGGCUACCAAUGGAGCCAUCAUUGAAGAGAGCUGGAAGAUUGCUCGUGCUGCAGGGACGGUAGUAGAUGAAGGCCCAAGGCCAGAAGCUGGUCCGGCAAUGCAGGCGAUCGGUCGUCCUCUGACGCUUAACGAGCUAUUUGGGAGACAGCAAGCGGCUGGGGGGAGUUGA